UAUUCCAUAUUGGAAACACGUACAAGUUAUAAACAAUGUGUUGAAGGAUGUUGACAAAAUUUACGUAAAAGGAAAAGAAAAAGCCGAAUUUUUGAAAAAAUAUACACAUAAACAAGUUAUUGAAUUUCCACAACAACCAACAUUACACGCCGAUAAAGUUAAAUGCAUGUACCAUCUGAACGAUAACGCAUAUUGCAGUCUACAUAAUGUAUUUUUUUUAAAACAAACAUUUCGUUAAAAGUGUACAAAACAUUGUGUAAAUAAUCUCAACUCAUCAGUCUAUUAGUAAUCAUGGAUCAAGAGAGUUGGAUAACGUGUCGUAAUAAUCCAGGACAUCGCCUGAAAGUAAAACAUCUUCGACGACAUUUACGAAGAUGUCUUCCACAUCGUGAAUAUUCUUGGAGGAGUUUUGAUUGCGGAAAUGGGAAUUAUUUUGAUUCAACUUUAUCCCAUAAUACUAAUAAUGAUUAUCAACAAUCAUCGAGAAGCAAUUUUGAAAAUACAAACUCUUCAAAAAAUAUUUUUUGUAAUGAUAUGGAAUAUUAAUUGAAUUAAUUAAUUGUAGUAUUUAUAAAUAAAUGUUAUAGAUUUAUAAACAUUUGUAUUUUUUUCAUAAUAUUUACCACUCCCUUACACUUUCAAUAAUCCUUAUACACCACCCAAAAAAAUUCAUUUUAUUUAUAAAAAAAGAGUUGAUUAUUGCAGUGGAUAUGAGUGAUUUUUCUCAUUUUUUCAAUAAAUUAAACAGGUUAACGAUGUCCUUGAAACAGGCGGUUACACUCCAUCCUGUCUACAUAGGUCUUCUUUUUACAUUUUUUUGUGUCUAUAUGUUAACCUUGAUGGAAUACACCAAUGUAGUUGCAGUAAGUGCAUACAAAGAAGUUGACCUUGACGGGAGCUUUUAACAAUUUAUAAAUGUGCAGAGAGUGAAUGCAGAAAUUCAUUCUGUGUUGUACAGGUAGUCUGUGUACGAAAUAAUGUGUUCAAAUUAUUUUGCUAAUUUUAAACCGUGCACUCAUGGUGACGAGUGUUGUCAGUGUCCCGGUCCCUCAACUAGGACAACUAAAAUGCAUCACUGUGAAAACUGUAAUAAACAAUUUACAACCCGUCAAUCACGACUACGCCACGAAAAGCUCUAUUGUCAAGUGGUCAAAAAACAGGAAAAUGGAGGACCGGCCGCCAAAAAACAGAAAAUAUGUCAUUCAACUGCUAGCAACAAUUAUAUGUGCGUUACAUGUAAUCAAGAAAUUGCUCCAAAGCUUAUUACGGCCCAUGAGAGAAGUAGACAGCAUAGAAAUAAUUGUCAAAGUACUCCCUUGGAGGAUGGGGUGUUUGCACUCAGCAGUGCAUUUAAAUCACGCAUCGCUUCAUAUAGGAUUUGUGAUGAGGGCCAUUAUAUCGAUUUAAAUGAAUUUAUGGAUAAAAUUCACAAUAAAUUACUUAGACUUAUUGUUUCACAAAUUGAAAAAUUUAGUACAAUCAAAAUAAAUUUGGAAUUAUUUGGAUUGUAUACCAUUGAGUCAAAAAAUAUAUUUGAUGUAAAAUCUUUCAAUACUACUAACAGAAUUGUCACUUUAGGCACGAAUAUUAGGAAUAUGUUGCAUGACUUUCAAGAAGUUAUUAGUCAAAAAAUGAUGGAUUUUUUGGAACGAGAUUCAGGCUGGACACUUGUGAAAAUCUUACAUUUAGAAUUAAAUGUAAACUAUUACAAUCCAUUGAAAGCUUCAUCGUAUAUCCCACUACCGCCAAGCGUGAAAAUGAAGAGGGCAAUAGUUAAUGUUCAAAAUCAGGAUAUUCAUUGUUUUGGUUGGAGUGUCGUAGCAGCAGUGUGUCUACCUAUGGGACCAGAACAUUUACCCAGUUCAUAUCCACAUUGGUCGACACUUUUUAAUUUCCAAGGUAUUGAAUUUCCUGUAAAACUGGAUAGUAUUGCAAAAUUUGAAAGUCAAAAUAAUGUCUCUAUUAAUGUUUACGGACUUGAAUUACUUUAUGUAAACAAUAAGGUAAAAUUUGAAAUUGUGGGACCAUUAUAUUUUACAAACUUUAAGAAACCGGUACACAUAAAUUUAUUAUUGUUGAGUGAUAACGAUGGUAAUCAACAUUACUGUACAAUAACUAAUUUGCCACGUUUAGUAUCUUCCCAACUCUCAAAACAUCAUCAUUCAAAAUUUUUCUGUGAUGGAUGUCUACAAUAUUUCACAACCCAAGCUUUAUUAGAUAGACAUUCUUCGACUGAUUGUGGAAAACUUUAUGCUAGAAUCCCAAAUAAUGAAUUAAUAACAAAUAGAUUUGGUUAUAAUGUUCCCGCUAAUGUAUUAGAAUUUCAAAAUUAUCAUCAUAAAAUGACUAUCCCAUUUAUUGUUUAUGCUGAUUUCGAAUGUUUAUUGAAACCUAUGAGUACAGUUGCACCAAAUCCAAAUCAAUCAUUUUCGAUAAAAACUUUUCUCCAUCAACCAUAUUCAUGUGCAUAUUACAUUAAAUGUUCAUAUAACGAUCAAUUAUCUAAAUUCCAAAGUUUUCGAGGACAGUCAUCUGUGGUUGACUUUAUUACAGCAUUAGAAAUAGAUUUGAUAGAGAUUUAUAAAAAGUAUUUAAGUAUUGUACAACCAAUGCUUCCAUUAACUAUUCAAGAAGAGUUUGAUUAUCUUACAGCAACGGAAUGUCAUAUUUGUCAAAAACCUUUUCAACAGAAUGAUAUUAAAGUAAAAGAUCACUGUCAUUUAACGGGUCGUUAUAGGUCCGCUGCGCACAGUAAUUGUAACUUGAAUUUUCAAAUUCCAAAUUUUAUUCCGAUAGUAUUUCAUAAUUUAACAAAUUAUGAUAGUCACUUAUUCAUUAAAGAGUUGGCCCUUGAAGAAAGUGAAAUUAAUAUUCUUGGUAAAACUAAAGAGAAAUAUAUUACAUUUUCGAAAAAAAUUUGUGUAGGCGAAUAUCUAAAUUCAAACAAUCGAAUAGUCAAGGAGCACUUACACUUGCGUUUUAUAGAUAGUUUUCAGUUUUUGACAUGUUCAUUAGAAAAACUGGCAGCAGCCUUGGAUGAUGCUCAAUGUAUGGAAGUAAAACGAUACUUUCCCGUUGACAGAGAAUUUCAGUUAAUUAGACAGAAAGGGGUUUUUCCAUAUUCAUUUAUCGAUGAUUUUUCUAAAUUAGAUCUCACGGAAUUACCACAAAAAAUUGAUUUUUACGAUAAACUUCGCGAUGAGCAUAUUUCUGAAGAUGAUUAUCAACGAGCUAAUACCGUAUGGAAUACAUUCCAUUGUCAGACUCUAGGCGAAUAUUCUGAUCUCUAUUUAAAAAGUGAUAUUUUGCUAUUAGCUGAUGUCUUUGAGAAUUUUCGAAACAUGUGCCUUAAGCAUUAUGAACUUGAUCCAGCACAUUACGUGACUGCACCAUCUCUUAGUUGGAAUGCUAUGCUUAAAUUUACCCAUGUAAAAUUAGAAUUAUUGACUGAUAUAGAUAUGUUGCAUUUUUUCAAAAAAGGGAUUCGUGGGGGAGUUAGUACAUGUGUUAAACGAGCGGCUCAAGCAAAUAAUAAAUUUCUUCCAAAUUAUGACCCUUCGAAACCGACAUCAUACAUUUUAUACCUCGAUGCAACAAAUCUCUAUGGUUGGGCUAUGAGUGAAGUACUCCCUUUAGGUGGAUUUACUUGGCUAACGCAAGACGAAAUUAAUUCACUUAGUAUUAUGGAUUUGACUGAUACCACACCUGAAGGUUAUGUCCUUGAAGUAGAUAUCUCUUAUCCUCAUCAUUUACACAACUCUCAUAAUGAUAUGCCAUUUCUACCUGAAAAUUUAAUUCCACCAAACGGAAAAUGUGCUAAACUCAUUCCAAAUCUAUGUGCUAAAACAAACUACAUAAUACACUAUCGAAAUUUAAAACAAGCUCUACAAAAUGGACUAGAAUUGACAAAAAUUCAUAGAGUACUAAAAUUCAAUCAAUCGUCAUGGCUCAAACCAUAUAUUGAUUUAAAUACGAAAUUACGAAAUCAGACUAAAAAUAAGUUUGAAAAAGAUUUAUUUAAACUCAUGAAUAAUAGUGUGUAUGGAAAAACCAUGGAAAAUGUCGAUAAUCGGGUAGAUAUUAAACUGGCUACACAUUGGAAAAAAAAACGGUCACAAGUAUGGAGCAGAGACAUGGAUAGCCAAACCACAAUUUAAAAAUUGUUCUAUUUUUACUGAAAAUUUAGUUGCAAUAGAAAUGAAUAAAGUUCAAGUAACGUAUGAUAAACCUAUUUAUGUAGGAUUCAGUAUAUUGGAAAUUUCAAAAACUUUAAUGUAUGACUUUUUUUAUAAUUUCCUUAAAGUUAAGUAUGGAAAUAAUGUACAGCUUUUGUAUACGGAUACGGAUUCAUUAAUUUUAGAAAUUUAUACGGAAAACGUAUAUAAUGAUAUUAAACAGAAUAUCGAUCGGUUUGAUACUUCAAAUUAUCCCGAGAAUAAUAUUCAUGAUAUUCCUAAAACUGUGUCUGUUAUCGGUAAAAUGAAAGAUGAGUAUGCUGGUGUACCAAUUGUACUACUUUAUGGCACCGGUGCCAAAGCAUAUUGUGUGCAAACAGUGAAUGAUUUAAUUAAAAAGGCUAAAGGUGUAAGUAAACAUGUAAUUGAUAAAUCUCUAACACUGUUACAAUAUCGGGCAAUUGCAACAAAUCCUUCAUCUUCAUCAGUUUUCUGUGUUAUGAACGUUUUCAAAUCUUAUUUACAUAAUAUGUAUACCGAAUUAAGGAAUAAAAUAGCACUGUCUAAUUUCGAUGAUAAACGAUACAUUUUAGGUAAUUCAAUUGAUACAUUAGCCUGGGGACAUUACGAUAUUGAUAGAGAUCGAAAUUUAGAUUCUCUAAUUAGAGAAUUGCAAAAAUAUGUGGAACCCACUGAUUGAAUUUUACCUUAUUGUAGAUAUGUAACGAUAUGUAACCAUUUAUUUAUACUACAUAGUUAUUAUUAUUAUGUAUUUAUAAUUGAUGUAAUGUGUAAAGUAUUUUUAUUUGUAUUUUGUAAGUCAACAAUGAAACUUGUGCAACAAAAAGAUUUAUUAAAAAUUUCUAAUCACGA